GAUUCUUCGACAUCAAAUGGCAUAUAACACUCUGAUUGGCAGCUGUGUCUCUGAAAAGCAUAUAAAUGAAGAUGAUUCAGAACUGCUUUACUUUGAAGUGGUACCACACAAGAACACCAGCUUUUCUGUCUUUUUCCUUCAUCCUGUGAAAGAGAAUUUAGCCUGUGUGGUAAUAGAUGUUAUAACCUCUAGAGAAGUCCAAUGUCACCUUCAUUUAAAUCCUGAAGAUCCAACUCUAAAUUCUAGUGAUGACUUCAUAGCGAGAGUUGUGAAACGUUGCAUGUCAGUGCCAGUUGUCAUGAGAGCUGUUUUCAGGAACGCCGCCAAGGUGAAAGCUGACAGUGAAACACAAGACAUGGACACAGAACAACCACCUGAGCCACAAUCAGAGCACGCUACAGAUUCUAACAGUGUCAAAGAAAGCCUUUCUGGGGCUAGUGAGCAAGACUGGGUAGAGACAGAUAAGCCAAAUACAGACAGCACAGAAGAAAAUAUCUCCACAGCCAAACUGGAAAGUCUGGGUGAUAACAUGGAAAAAAAGUAACUCCUCACUAUGCACCAAAACUUUGUGGAGGAAAGUAAUUCCGCAGCCAGUACAGAAGCUGAUACAAGAAAACUGAUGGUUUUAUAAGGAAAAACAAAGUCUACUUAGUAAUUUGUGAAUGGUAUCUCCUCUGUGCAAACUUUUAAAUAUGGGAAAGUAAUUCCCUUGAAUCUACAUUUUUAAACAUCCAAAUCUGUAAAGUCUAACACUGUUCUAUUAACCUUUGUCUUGUUACUGAAAACAUCAAAAAUUGUCGUGGUAAAUAAGAUUCCCUCUAACACUUUUUUUAUUGUUAGAAGGUAAGACAUUACUUCAUUCUUGGUCAAGAGAUGUUCAUGGCUGACAAAGUUCCAGCCUCAAUGCUGACCCCGAUACAAAACUUUUUUGCUUACUUACGCAUUUUUAGUGAACAAAGACAUUAAUUUAUACAAUUCUCUUCAUUAAUUAGUAUUCUGUCCCCUCUUAGUUAUUGACUUCUUGCUCUUCAUGCUAAUCCCACAUCCUUUAUUCCUUCUUUUAUCUUUUUCUCAGACAGUCUCCAACUUUGUAGGUCUUAAUUUCCUCAGUAUCUUCUGGUUACUCUAAUGUCUUCGAAUGGCCAUAAAUGUAAGACCCCAAAUGCCCAAUCUUCAAAUUCCUUUGGCUUUAUUUAAUGAAGACUGUCAGGUUUAGUUUUAACAAACUUAAGGUUUCAGUAAUUUAAUGAUCAAAGUAGGUAUGUGAAGAAACUUUAAUGGUGUUGGCUAAAAGUGGGCACUGUUAAAACAACUAAUUAAAAAUUAGUUAGGAAAGUUAUAUAACUUCCAACACUGCAUCCUUUUCUACCAGAAUAUGGAAAAAAGUCUAACAUACAUGAUACAGUCUAUGUCACACCACAGGCAUUUGAAGAAAAGUAAAGUUUAUCCAUGUCAACAUUAUGCUAAAUAAAUUGAGAAAAAGUUACUUGAACAAUUUUUGUACAUACAAUUAAAUAAUAUAUAUAAUUAAUGUAGAUACCCCUCUUUGUCCAUUAUUUCAUAAAAGCAUUCAAUGCACAACUCUUACCCCUAAAGCAGAAAAGAUACUGAAAGGAAACCAAACUUAUGGUCUGUCAACU